AUGCUUUCAUCCAUGUUGCUCCUAGCCGCAACUGCAGUUGCCAUCCUUGUCUUUCGUGCUCUGAUGCAAGCAUACACGUCGACAAAGCGAAACAUCCCCGGCCCCUUCUUGGCCAAGUUCUCUCGCUUAUGGUACCUAAGUCGUAUAUGGACGCGACAGUGCCAUCUGGAAAUGAUUAACCUCCACAAGCAAUAUGGCCCUCUAGUGCAGGUCGCACCAAAUGAAUACAGUGUCAGUGACCCCGAAGCUAUUAAACCGAUCUAUGGCCACGGAACGCGAUUUACAAAGUCUUUAUGGUACUCUGCGUUCGGAGUACCAGGUCACGCCAACCUUUUCGCAGAUCACAUCCCACAGAGACACGCACAGCGCCGACGCCAACUUGCUUCCAUGUACUCCAUGUCUAAUCUGAUCCAUUAUGAGCCCGCCGCGAUGGAGUGUGCAGCAUUACUCAAGGAGCGCUUCCAUGAGAUUGCGCAGAAGCGGACCGCCAUAGACCUUCAUCACUGGGUUCAGUGUUUCGCCUUUGAUGUCAUCACUUCCAUCACUUGCGGUAAACGUAUCGGCUUUUUGAACAACGGUGUCGACGAGAUUGGCGCCUUCGCGACGUUGCAUGGCGCCCAAGCAUACAGCAGCCUGGCCGGGGUGUACUAUGAGCUUCAUCCUCUUAUGUUCAGCAUCCAACAGUUCUUUUCAAAUUUUGGACUUGGUGGCAACGGGCUCCAAGCCAUGAUCGACUUUUCGGAAGUGCAGGUCAAGAAGCGGCAAGUGUUGUUGAAAGAUAUUGACCGAAAGCUAGCACCGAGUGACGAUUUUCUCGCUAAGAUCCUGGCGAGGCACGAAGAAUCCCCAGAGUCUUUCAGCAUGGCCGAGGUAUUAGAUUCCUGCGCAAUGAACCUCAUCGCCGGCAGUGACACCACUGCUAUAAGCCUCACUGCCAUUGUGUGGUUCCUUAUGAAGAACCCUCAGGCCUUAUGCCAGUUACGGGAAGAGAUAGAUGCCAAGAUGGGGGAACAGGAAGACCCUAGACCCUUGCCGUUCAAAGAGACACAGGCGAUGCCAUACCUUCAAGCCGUGAUCAAGGAGGCAAUCAGACUGCACUCGCCAGCCGGGAUAUCCAUGGCUCGCAUUGUCCCUGAAGGUGGCGCAACGAUCGCAGGACACUAUCUCCCUGAAGGGACCGCAGUGGGCGUGAACCCCUGUGUGACACACAUCGACCCCAACGUCUACGGGCCUGACGCACAAGUCUUCAGGCCGGAGCGCUGGAUCGACAGCGAUCCUGAGCAGCUCAAGCGAAUGGAGCGGUCCUGGAUGCCUUUUGGCCACGGCUCGCGCACCUGUAUCGGGAAGAAUAUCAGUAUUCUUGAGAUAUCAGUUUUGGUUCCUCAGUUGGUGUGCCACUUUGACUUUAAACUGGUACAUCCUGAGCAGGAAUUGGUAUGCGAUAAUGUCUUUCUAGUUAAACAGAAGAAUAUCUUUUGUUACGUCAAUGAUAGAGUUGAGUUAUAA